GGUGGAAUUGUCCAUCUUGGAAAUAUUGGUCUUGCGAGUGUAUUUGGUUCAUUGCAAAGGGGUUACCAAAGCAUGCGUCGGAAGGUUAGUCAGCGAUACUUAGUGUGCGGGCCUCAUACUAGACGUCAUUUGGCGUCUGUGUGGUCUGGUGGGGCGUACCAGUAG